AUGAUGAGGAAGUUGACGAGGCACCAGGGCCAGGAGGACUUCAUGGUCCUCACAACCCUCCACCGGUCAGAGGCGCUAGGGCCAGAAGGCUCACACGGCCCCGACGUGCUUGUGCCAAAGAGCAAGGAUGUGAAGUCCGAAGAGCAUGGUGCGCAGGCAUUGCAAGAAGCUGACGUCCAGAGCGGCAUGAAGCAAAUUCUUGAGAUGAUGAAGAGUCACACAGAGGCAGCACCAGGCAGCAAGGAGUUGCGCGAUCAUGGCUGGACGCCGGUGCAUGAAGCUGCGCUGUUUGGAAGAUCUUCUUGCCUGCAGUGUUUGCUUGAACACGGUGCCAAGAAGGACAUACAAUCUCAUGCUGGCCUGGCAAAUCGCGAACCCAGCGCCAGCUAA